AUGAGUUCCAUUAAGGAGCAGGCAGCCAUCAGCAGAUUAAUAAGUUUCCUGCAGGAGUGGGACAAUGCCAACAAACUUACCCGACACCGUAUUUUAGACAAUUUCAUCAUGACGAGCCACGGCAAAACAGGUCCAGAACUGGAAGUAGAAUUCUCUCAAGGAGCCAGUUUGUUCCUGGCCCGGUUAACUGCUUGGCUUAGGCUGACCUACAUGUAUGGAACAUGUUUAGAGCAACAAUUGAAGUCCAUUGGUAUCUUCCUAUCAGCUGCAAGUGGCCAGCGGUACCUUAUUGAAUUCUUGGAGGUCGGUGGCAUCCUUACACUGCUGGAAAUACUUGGGCUCAAGCAAUUGAAGGAGGAGGCCAAAAGGGAAUCCAUAAAGCUUCUUCAGUUAGUAGCAAGUUCUGGCAGGAAGUUCAAAGAGCUUAUUUGUGAAAGCUAUGGUGUGCGAUCAAUUGCAGAAUUUUUGGCCACUUCUAAAUCAGAAGAGACUCAAGAACAAGUGCAGAUUCUUCUGGAUAACUUAGGCCAUGGCAACCCCAAGUAUCAGAAUCAGGUGUAUAAAGGCCUGAUUGCUCUUCUAAAGUGCACUUCCCCCAAAGCUCAGCAGCUGUCUUUACAAACACUCAGGAUAAUGCAGACAAUUGUGGGACAAGCCCAUCCAAGUAUUGUCGAAUCUGUGCUGGGUGUGCUUCGAUCUGUUCACUUGGAGGUACAAUAUGAAGCAAUUCAGCUGAUCAGGGACCUUAUGGCCUAUGAUGUGCAGCUAGAACUGCUGAAAGGACUGGUUUCAUUGUUAAAGCCAUCAAGACAGGAGACUGCCAAGCUACAAGCCAGAAUCCUAGAAGAACCAGGGUCACUGCGUCUUAUGGAAUCCUUGCCAGCAUAUAUUCAGCAAACUGCUGCAGCCAAAACCAUUGGAAUUCUAGCCCAAGACUCCAACAGAGUGGCUGAAGAGCUGAUCUACCUGAAUGUGGUACAUGGCCUCAUGUGUGCCAUGGGCAACAAGGACCACACCAACUGCCAGAGACAAGCCAGCAUCACACUAGAGCAUUUUGUCAAGAUGUUCCUACUGGUGGAAGAAACAGUUCGGCAUGCCAUGGGAGAUAAGUUGUUCCAGCUGUUCAUGAAAGAUCCAACAAACUUGUACCUGAACAUGGAUGCUGUGCAGGCAGAUAUCUUGAUCACCAAUAUUAUUAACAUGCCAGGAGAUCUACUUGAUAUUGCAAACACGGAGCUCCCACAAGCAGAAGAAUCUAACACUGAAGUGGAAUUGCAGACUGAAGACAGAACUGAGUCUCCUUAAUUCCUGACCCUCCUCAAGCAAUUGGGCUCCCUUGUCUGUUUUCUUCAUCCGGUUUUUCAUGUCUCUUCUAGUCUUUGCCCAUUUGUCAGGUUCUUCU